CUAUGCCGAAUAGAGAAUAGUCAGCAGGCAUCUUGGCAACGCUCAUUGAAGCCAAACUGCAAGCAAGCCCUAUAUUAGGAUUCAGGCAAAUUGAACAACUUGCACCCGAAGUUCACUCACGUUUCGAGUCGUCCACGAAUUAAAAAUUCCUCAGAUUCAACUAACAACGACACUCCAAUUGUCUUCAACCAUUAUGGCACAAAGACCCUACAGAGCCAGAAACCGACCACCCAGACGAGGAAAUUAUAUCCCAAACCGCAGCCCCAGCCAUCCCCCACUCUCAAACCCUCUUUCCAAUCCCCCCUCAAAUCGUUAUCCCCAAUCCCAAUCCAUUCCCUCCUUCGCCUUCCUCACUCCCGGAACACCCGUCUCCAUGAUCCUGAAACCCGACCAGCCUACCGGCUACCAAGUCCGCGGCAUCGUCGCAGAUAUUUUAACAAGAGGUGACCACCCCAGAGGCGUGAAAGUAAGGUUACGAGAUGGACGCGUGGGACGAGUGCAGGGUGUUGUUUCUGAAGCGGAGGGGUUGAUUGGAGAGAGUUUGGUUGGAGGAGAGAAUGCUGGGUUAGGGCGAGAUGGGGAGUCUGUGGCUGUGGGGGAAAGAGCUGAACGGGGAGAGAGAGGAGGAAGGGGAAGACGAGCGGUGUUCAGACAUGUUUCUGAUGUGCGAGAUGACAAUGGGUAUUUGUGGGACGAAGAGGCGGCUGGGAAGCGGAACCUUGGGACGUAUUUCACUGGCCUAGAGGAGCUUGAAGCUCUAGGUAACACCGCCUCGCCCACGAACCAACAGCACGUUCCCACGCGCCAGCUUGAGCUUCAGACCGAGACAGUGAAAUGCCCCGUCUGCGGCGAGUUCGAAGGCGAUGAGACCGCCGUGCAGCAUCACGUUGAAUCGCAUUUCCAAGAUAGUGCCUGAGUUAGUUGAUUUAGAAAUAUGGUUUGGAAUUGACUCGUAGAGAAGAAUGAUGUGAUACCCAAAUACUGAUACUACUCCGUUCAAUCC